ACAAAAUUUGGUCCGUCUUUGGAAAUAUUACCCAAAGAAAUACUUGACUUGUACAACCCCUGGUGUGAUAAUAGUCCACUUAUCAUAAAUAUUUUAUCUGAAAAUUUAAUCACAGGUCAAUGUCCAUUUUUAUUCUUUGCUAAAUUUCAGAUUCCUUGGAUAUGGAGAUGGUCUAUCACCAUGUCACAAGAUAAAUUCAAUAUUCCCAUUUUAGAAAGAAAUUUCUUUUAUAAAUGGUGGAACAAGAUGAGUUCCGAAGAGAUCCAAAAUAAAAUUAUUAUGAUUCAAGCAGCCAUAGCUGAAGAUCAAAAUAAAAAAGCCAAAGAGCAAAAUUCCCAACAAAUGUCCAUGGGAAAUUUGAAGAAUUUCUUCCAAAGAAAAUAUCCAAAUGAAAUAGAAGAAGAAAUUAUGGUUAGAACGCUGGAUUAUAUGAAGAAUCAAUUCUUCUCCACUUUUCCAACAAAAACAUCAAGAGAUGAAAAUUCAUCUAUGAAGACUAGCUCUUCUAUGGGAUCCAUGGAUUCCAAUAAUUUUGAUUGUUUGGCAGGAGAAACCCAAGCAGAGGACCCUACUGCUGAAGAUUUUUGGGAUGCCAUGAUUCAAUCCAUGGCCCAAAAGGCAAAGGAUAAAGCCAAAAGAUAGUAGAAUCUCAAGACAUAUAGAAAUGGACAAGAAAGCAUCUUUUCUUGUCGGCCAUUUCAAAAACCAAGUCAAGAUGAGAAUCUUAUCUUAUGGGAAAAAACAAUGCUAAAGACAAAAGCAAAGAUAGGAAGGAAUCUUAUCUCGGUAAAAGGCCCAUGCAAGCAUCUUUUGUUGGACCAUGCAAGCAUCUUUUGGAAUAGUAACAGAAAAUUUCCUGCUUUUGUAAGAUAGUUUGUUUUUUGUGAAUUAUUAUUGUGACGAUGGGGCCCAAUGUGUACCCGGCAUUAAUAAUUCUUCUAUGUUUUUGUAACCGGCCAUCGUAGGUAGCUUUUACCGGCUUGAAUAGUAAGCCUUUGUAUCCCUAUAUAAAGGGAAUUUCGUUUCGUUUGUAAGCACGCAAUUUUCAAUAAGAUAACAAAGUUUUUAUAUAACUCUGUCUCUCAUCUACCCACUUCCUUAAAAUUCAUAAAAUUCCGAUCCUGCCUCCGCUGAAUUACACUUCUUGGUAUCAUCACCUGGUUAAAACCUAAGGUUGCUUAAAUGGGAUGAAAUUACUUUUCCAGAAACCUGGAACCUCCCUCAGGCCAUUGAACCGGAACCUAUCCUUAAUAAGGAUGUUGAUCAAAUAAUCCAAUCAAGUGAUGGAGAUCUAGAGAUAAAUUUUAACUCUAAAAGAAUGAUUAGAAUACCUAGAUCCAUGUCUGGAAGACAUUCUGUGAAUUCUAUAAUGAAUUUUAUUCUGCUCCCAGUCAAUUAGCUAGACCUUCAACUUCUCAAUUAAGAGAAGAAAUAGAAGUUGUUGAAAAUAUAAGACUCAGUGAAAACAAAAUUCCUCAUGGUAUAUAUCAAAAACCAAAUCCUCCUAGAGUAGAAUCACCUACUCCCUCAGAUAUGGUCUUCCCGUUAUAAUGUUAGAUUAUUCUCCAGGUAGUAAUCUAAGAAACCUUGUCAAUGACGAGUUUCAGCAUACUAGAUACACCCAAUUUAGAGAAUGGUUUUUUAAAACUUUUUCGGCUCCUAUGUUAGCAAGUUUUAAAGAAGAGUACUAUACUCAAAUCUCUAUAAACCAAGAUUUCAUUCCCUUUGUCAAAUGGUUUAUUAGUUACUAUAUAACCAAACAAAAAGAAGAAUUGGUUUUUAUGAAAAAAGACGAACUUUUAGUUCUUCAAAAACCUUGGGAAAGUAUCCAAGGAGAAAAAAUGGAAUCUCCUUUUCCCCCAGAACAAACAAUAAGUUUGGGUUCUCAUACUGAAGCUACACCUUAUCUUACCCUUCAAUUACAAAGGGUUGAACAAAAUCAGAUUACUCUAAAAGAGAUAAAUUCCAUAAUUAGAUCCAACAAUUAUACUAAUGCCUACCUUGUUUGUCUUGGAGAACAAUUUAUUUCUCUAGAAAAAGAGCUUUUAUCUAUUAAAGACCUUUUAAAUAAACAAAUAGCACGUCAAAAAAUUAUUAUUGACCUUAUUAAUAAACCUAAUACUCCAGAACAAGCUUCUACAUCUACAAUAUUAGAUGUCCCUAUAAUUCAACCUCCUAUUCCAAUAGAAGGAUUUAAAAUGGAAACAAAUGGUAAUGAGUUUGUUCGCAUUCUUGAGAAAAAGCUUAAAGAUAUACAUUUAACGGUUAUGACUAACCAAGACUCUUCCAAUGAAGAAGACAUCAAUGAUUUAGCAAAUAUGUUUGCAGAUUUAGACAUUAAUAAUCAAGAUACUAAUGAGAUAAACCCUGUUUAUAGCUCUAAACCCUUAGAAAAAUACUAUUAUAAACGUCCCUCUCCUCAAGACGUACUUUUUGAGGAACCUGAACCCUACCAGAAUUCAUAUUCUGGAAAAGCCAUUUAUGAAUGGAAUAUUGAUGGUUUAAAUGACAAGCAAAUAGUUGAUACAAUACAUAGAAUAAUUAUGCAUUCAACUGUUUGUAAACAGCACGGAAAUUCUGACAGCGAAAUUGCCUCUUUCAUAUCAACUGGAUUUGUUGGUCAAUUAAGAGGCUGGUGGGAUAAUUUUAUUACUGAAAGUCAGAAAAAAGAUAUUCUUAACCAUAAGAAAUUAGUUAAGUCUGAAAAUCCUGGAACCGGAGCAAGUAGUAUUGCCACCACAGGUGAAGAAGAUGCGGUUUAUACACUGUGUCUCUCUAUCCUUCAACAUUUUGUUGGAAACAAUGUCCCUAUUGGAGAGAAACUUCAAACUUUACUUCAAAAUCUAAGAUGUCCUUCUCUUACACAUUUUAGAUGGUAUAAAGAUACCUUUUUGUCUAGGGUUUACCAAUUAAAAACUCCUAAUUCCAUUCACUGGAAAGCCAAAUUUAUUGAUGGAUUACCCCAUUUCUUCUCUGAAAAGGUGAGAAAUUCUUUAAGAAGUAAAAAUGAUGGGAUAAAUAUUAAUUACCAUGAUCUUACUUAUGGUCAAAUUAUUAGCACUUGUGUUAAUGAAGGAUUAACCUUAUGUAAUGAUAUUAAGCUUAGAAAUCAGCUUAAGAAACAAAAACUUUCUGAAAAACACCAAAUGGGUGAAUUUUGUGAUCAAUUUGCCUUUGAUCUUGGAAAAUCUUCAGAAAGUAAGAAAAGGAAAGGAAAAACAUUCAGAAAUAAAUCUCAUCAAAAGAAGGAUAGUUACAAAAAUUCUUAUAAAAAGAAUAAGAGAAGGAGUCACUUUAAUAAAAGUAGACCAAAAGAUAAGCCUCUUAAUCAUAAAGGCAAAAGAAAAGCUAAGAUGCUUGAUGUAUCUUGCCACAAAUGUGGUAAAGCUGGUCAUUAUGCAAACCAAUGUUGGACGAAAAGGGCUCUCAAUGAAAUUGAGGAUGAGCAAUUACGUUUUCAACUUGAGAAAGUUUGCUUAAUUAAGUCUGAAUCAGAGACUAAUUCUUCUAAUGAAGAUAUUAACAUGAUUUAUGAAUCAUCAUCAGAUUAUUCCUCUGAUGAUUCUGACAAUAAUAACUGUCAAUGUAAUCAAAUUGAUUAUUGGAAGUCUAUUGUUGACAUGAAUGGUCUUAAUGUUCUUACUACAGAACAAGAUGAAGCCAUAAAAGCUAUUGAAUCUAUCUCUGAAAAUAAGCUUAAAAGAAAAAUGCUUGAAGUUUUGAUUCAAGAAAAUUCUAAAAAAGAAUCUCCUAUCAUUAUUGAAGCCCCUUAUUAA